UCAAAAUUAAACUUGUCGCCUCACUUAAAUCAUUAAAAGUGGGUUUCAAAAUAAUCUACUUACAUUUUUAGUUUAUUAUUGUAAAUAUUAUAACAAGGCGCUCUGACUGUGAUAAUUCUGAAGUAAACAAAUAUAUUUAAUAUUGCUCAUCUAUACGAAAAAAUUCAGGAUUGCACUAUGGAGAAGGAUGAUUUUACGUCCUUGUUGCAUGUGUCUCCAGCGCUCACUAAUGAUAUGUUGACCAAAGCACUCUCUGAAUGGUUCCACACUGAUGUUGUUUUUACUCACUGGGAGUAUGUAAGUGACACGGGCAAAGGAGACUCCUACUUGAGCGAAUUAAUUCGAAUUCGAAUCCACGGCAACUCCGAAGGUAACCCAUACCACGUACAAGUGAUUUUGAAGAACAUCCCCAAAAAUGCUUGCAGACGAUUAACAUAUAGAAGCGAGGAAUUCUUUCAGAAUGAAAUCAAUUUUUAUCAAAAAGUUCUUCCAACUUUGCUCAAGUUUCAAUCAAAGAAAAAUGUCACAGAUCCCUUUACAAACUACACGAAGCUAUUUUUGGCCGACACCGAUGGCCUGAAUGGAGUUAUAUGCCUCGAAGACGCUGGUUUGGAGAAUUUCGGUAGCGCUGUACGUCAAGAAGGUAUAGAUUUAGAUCAUUGCAAAGUCACUUUCAAAGCGUUAGCCAAAUACCACGCACUCUCGUUUGCUUUGAGAGAUCAAGAACCGGAGACAUUCAAUAGACUGAGCGAUGCUAUCUUUGAAACCUACUACGAUCCUAGACUCUGGAAUUGGUACCGAAAAUUUUGGCACAGGGUAUGCGGCAUUGCUAUUGAUGCGGUCGAGAAAGAAUACCCAAAUUCAAUAUACGAGGAGAAAAUUAAAGAAUUCGCUGUACCGGAAACUUACGAAGACAUGAUAAGGGCAGUCAGGGACAAAACGAACGGUGUCAUUUCGCAUGGCGAUUGUUGGACCAAUAAUUUCCUAUACAAGUACCAAGACGGUGGUCCGAUUGACGCGAAAUUAAUUGACUUCCAGCUAACCAGAUGUGCCAGUCCUGUUCUUGAUAUGUCGUUUGUAAUUGCCGCGUGCACGGAACAAGAAUUGAGAUCCAAACAUUACGAUGAAUUGCUGGAAUAUUAUUAUGAUAUCCUUUCCAAGCAGAUAAGAGAGUUAGGCAGCGAUCCGAAUAAGCUGUAUUCGUGGGAAACGUUUAUGGAAGAAGUGAAGAAAUAUUCUUACUUCGGUUUGGCGUUUAGCUUUGAAUCAACGCCGUUUAUUAUUUUGGCGCCAGAGGACGCCAUCAAUAUGGAGAUGGAGGGUGACAAAAAAAUGAACAUUGAUGAUUUUUGGCAACUUCCACCGUUCAAGACUAAAGCUGGGCGACAGAGGGAAGCCAACAAUGUUGUACAUUGUGUGGACAGGGGUUAUAUAUAAAAAAUUGUACUAAACAUUGUUCUGCACAAUUUAUGUACAUUUCAAUGGCAGGAGAAGUAACGAUAAACAAACUUUAAUGUCAUGUUUUUCAUA